GGAGGUAAACCAAUCUAUAGAGCAGAUCUUGAGAAAAUACGUACUUUGUACUUCUGGCAUGGCACAAUAUGUGUUCUACAUAGUAAGAAGGAAGAGAAGAGGAGAAAUACAGCAAUACAGCAGAACCCAAAGUGUGUGAAGAUCAGUCAACUCAAAUGGGAAUCCUACAUUAUUUCUGGAUACUAGCUGCUGUUUCUGCUGUCUCAACACGUCAUGGUAACAGGAAGCCGAGGAAUGAUAAGGAUGAUGAAGAGCUCUUCAGCUUUCCAAAAGACUGCAGUGCAAUUUCACGAGAAAAGGAGAGCGGAGUCUAUGUUAUUCAUCCCAAAGGUUCACAUCCACUGGUUGUGUACUGUGACAUGACAACCUACAGUGGAGGAUGGAUUGUCAUACAGCGUAAUUCCUUUAACUCUGAGAUUACAUGGGAUGAGUCCUGGAGCUCUUACAAAUAUGGAUUUGGUAAUGUUGAUAAGGAUUACUGGCUGGGCAUUGAAUAUAUUCACCAAAUCACCAAACAGAGGGUAUACCAGGCACGUUUUGUUAUUCUUGACAAUAACAAUGAAGAAAAAUAUGCUGACUACAACCUUUUCAGUGUGGAGGAUGAAGCUAAUGGUUACAGGCUGAGGCUGGGAAGCUACACGGGCACUGCAGGAGAUGCCAUGUCUUCAAUAACUGCAGGGGUCGCACAUGACAACAUGAAGUUCUCAAGUAAAGAUAAAGACCAGGACACUUAUAGUGCUAACUGUGCUUCUAGUUAUGGUGGUGCAUGGUGGUAUGGAGCAUGCUACGCCUCCAAGCUGAACAACAAAAAUGGCAUAUACUGGCAGGGACUCUGUAAUGGGAACUGCCAAGGGUCAACCAUUUUAAUACGCCCUGCGGACUAUUGCGUCUAUCUAGACUAAUCUAGACUAAUGAUGUCUAAUUUCUAUUCAAGAAGCUUUGUACAAGCAUAUCAAACAUCCCCUAUGUUGCCAGCAUUGCUCAGUUUAAUUCAAAAUAAAAGCUGUACAAUGAUGCUGCCUUUACAGGUAAAACUUUAGUCAACGGAUGAGCUUUGGUACAUGGUGCCAUCACCAGGACCACCCUUUUAGUGCUGAAGCUUUGUCUGUGAAGACAGUUUUAUUACCUUCCCAUCUGUUUUAUUACAUUUUACUUAGUUAAGCGCCUGCAUAUUUUAUAUGAUUUAUAGCCCGUACACACAAUCCGAAUAUCGUACUACGGAUCGUACGACUUUUUUCGUUUAAUAGUCGCAAGUUAAAUUAAAUAGGUUAUUAAAGUCACUGAAAUUCUCGUACGACAGAAAAAAAAAAUCGGAAGUGAUGUCAUGUGUUGUAAUGUAUUUGUAUUGUAUACUGACUAAACGAAAAUCGUACAUUCUGACAUCGUACAAGGAAUUUUUUCGUGCUUGUCUGAAUAAUAUCGGAUGAACUGUCAUGAUCGGCUCUCGAAAGUAGUGUACACACGAUCCGAAAAUCGUACAAUUCUUCCUCGGACGAUCGUUUUUGUCCGAUAUUCGGAUCGUGUGUAUGGGCCAUAAAUGUAUGAUUAAGCACCAGUCUUCCAAUGAUGGCUUCUAUAUGUUGUGUCUUGGGUGCUUUCUCUAUGUACGAUAAAGUGUUUCCUACUUUGGCAGGCUGUGCUGUUGAAUUUUGUAAAAAUAUAAAACAGUAUUAAUGUUUGUCAUUUUAUAUUGUGUGCAACAUAAUUAAAGAAAAACAAAAAUGAAAUAGUUAAAUAGAAUUUCUAAAAAAAAAAACUUUACUUCUAAAA